AUGGCAGCCAGAGUCAUUGUUAUUGCUCGGUACACGGGUGUCAAUGCUAUUGCUGGACUUCACAUUCCUGAUACUUUUACUAAUCAGUUGCAGACAUCAAAACUUGAAGAGGCAAAGGAAGAAGAAGAGGAAGCGGCAUUAGCUGAUUAUGCAGAAUACUCCACUCCUGCUCUUGGCGGAACUAAUCAGACUGCUGAUGCUGGUGAGAAUUUGAAUUUCACUAAUAUUAAAGAGGAGAUGCCAGAGCGAAGAGAACCUUCAGAUUUGUUGUUUUCGAUUGAAGAGAAACAAAAGCAAGUUGUUUUUGAAAAGGUGGGCGAUCCAGCUUUAAGUUAUGAUGACUUUGCUGCAAGUCUUCCUGCUGACGAAUGGUUUAUGGAUGUGUUUCAUGUGAUUGAUCGGGACAGCUAUAAGAUUAAAGACCUAGAAGUCAUCAGAUAUAUUCAAGAGACACUUGAAAGUGACACUUUUUUCGUGUCUCAUUUAAGAGGGUCGGUGGGAUUGAUGCCUUCUCAAAAUCACACCGCAAUUGAAUUAGCUGGAAUGGACAGACCUGCUCUACUGUCUGAAGUGUGUGCAUUUCUAACUGACCUUCACUGUAAUGUGGUGAAUGCCGUGAUAUGGACGCACAAUGCUAGAGCUGCAGAUGUGGUUCAUGUCACUGAUGACUCAACUGGAUGUACUAUUGAAGACCCAAAAAGGCUCUAAAUCAAGGAGCUCCUUUGAAAUGUUCUUAAAGGAAGUAGUGACUUGAAGAUGGCAAAGAUGACCCUUUCACCACCUGGUGUCACGCACAGGGAGAGAAGACUACAUCAAAUUAUGUUUGCUGAUCGGGACUACGAAAUAACUGAAAGUUCUAGAGAUGGUAAAAAUGUUGAGAAGAGUUCAAGACCACAUGUGACUAUUGGUAAUUGCAUUGAGAAGGACUACACUGUGAUAACUAUGAGGUCAAAGGACCGACCUAAGCUUCUAUUUGAUAAACUUUGCACUCUAACUGACAUGCAGUAUGUAGUCUUUCAUGGUGUGGUUCACACAAUCACACUGGGAGGUUGGAACUUUACCAGGUAAAAAUAUAUUCUGAAGAUGUAAGAUAUAGACAAGUUCGUUGGACUUUAGGCAAGGACUUGGGAUUUUUAAUAUUUUGUCAUUCAA